UCGACCUUUUCAUGGCUUCUUCUUCUUCAUCAUCAUCAUCUUCACCCGAUCCUUCCCGGCGGCAGUACGACGUGUUCCUGAGCUUCCGAGGCGCUGACACGCGCCGUGGACUCAUCAGCUUCCUCUACGAAUUUCUUGGCCGGAAAGGCAUCGAUGCGUUCAUCGACGAGAAACUCAGGCGAGGCGAUAAUCUCCUUGCUCUUCUGGGCCGGAUCGAACAGUCCAAGAUGUCCAUUGUCGUUUUCUCCGAGAACUACGCUGACUCUGACUGGUGUUUGGAGGAGCUGUCGAAGAUCAUGAAGUGCCAUGAGAGUUUUGGUCAGGAGGUUUUACCGGUCUUUUACAAAGUUUCCGCAUCUGAUGUACGGAAUCAGGAAGGGAAAUUCGGCGCUCGGUUCGAGACACCUAGUGCGAGCUUCGGGGAAAAACAGGACAGAGUUCCCCAAUGGAAGCAAGCUCUGAAGGAUGCUGCCAAUAUUGCAGGGCGUGUGGAGCUGGACAACAGGACAGAGCGGGACUUGGUUGAUAAAAUUACCAAGGAAACUUUGAAGAUGCUGAACAAGGUAUCGCCAUGUGAUAUACGGAAUCUGCCAGGAAUUGAACCACGGGCACAGGAACUUGAAAAUUUAUUGCUUUCCCAAGAGAUUAAUCGUGUAAGAAUUGUUGGAGUCGUUGGGAUGGCUGGAAUUGGUAAGAAAACAGUUGCACGUUGCGUUUACCAUUGCAACUUCCCUUCCUUUGAUGGUCAUUAUUUUCUUGAAGACAUUCGGAAUGAGUCGAAACUACAAGGAUUACGUUCUUUGCGGCAGAAUCUCCUUCGUGGAUUAUUGGAUGAUGAAAAUCUGGACACAGGGGUUUCCGAUGGAGCAAAUGAAGCCAACCGUCUCCGAAACAAGAAGUUGUUUAUCGUGCUUGAUGAUGUGACCUCUCGAAAACAAAUAACGGAGCUUAUUGGGGAACCAGAAAGGUAUAAGGACACCUAUCAUGGAGGAAGUUGGAUUGUAAUAACAAGCAGAGAUCAGAAACUGCUGAAGGGCAUUGUCGAUGUAACGUAUAUAGUCCCGAAAUUGAAUGACAAAGAAGCUUUUCAGCUUUUCAGCUCGAAGGCAUUUCCAAAAUGCUCCUGUCCCGAGGAACUAAGGGACCUAGCAAACAAGUUUGUAGAUUAUGCUGAUGGGAAUCCAUUAGCUCUACAAGUGUUAGGCUCCGAUCUACUUCGAAGGGACGAAACAUACUGGAGAAAGAAAUUCGCUCAAUUGCAAACAAGUACAGAUGCGGAGAUUGAGGACAUGCUAAAGUCAAGUUUCGUAGACCUAAGUCCUGAACAUAAGAACAUGUUUCUGGAUAUAGCUUGCCUCUUUAUAUCAGAAGAAACAGAUUUUGUUUCAAGCAUUCUGAAUGCGGACCAUUAUGAUGCUGCAGCUGCGAUUAGUGAUCUUAAGGGUAAGUGCUUGCUUACCAUCUCUAAUAAUCGGCUUCAGAUGCACGAUCUACUGCAUACAAUGGGGAAGAAAAUCUGUACCAUGUCACCCAUCAAAGGGGCAGACAACUGUAGUAGAUUAUGGAACCACAAAGACAUUGAUCGUGUGCUGAAGAAAAGAAUUGGGGGUAUAAAAAACAUUAGAGGCAUCUUCCAGGACUUGGCUAAACUUAGGGCGAUGGAGAUAAGCCCUGAUGUUUUCACCAAGAUGAGAGAACUAAAAUUCCUCAAAUUCUACAAUUCUCAUUGCUCUAAAGGGUGUGAGAAUGAAUGCAAACUUCGUUUCAAACAAGGGCUUGACUGCUUACCAGAUGAGCUGGUGUACCUCAACUGGCAGGGGUUCCCCUUGGAGUACCUGCCAUCAAACUUCAACCCAGGGAAUCUCAUUGAUCUUAAACUGUGCUAUAGCCGCAUCAAACAGCUGUGGGAAGACGAGAAGAGUACAGAAAAAUUGAAAUGGGUCGAUCUUAGUCAUUCGAAAGACUUGCUGAAUCUAUCUGGUUUGUCGGAGGCCCAAAAUCUUCAGAGACUGAAUCUGGAAGGUUGUACAAGCUUGACCAAGUUGUUUUCAGCGACCCCGGAAAUGAACAGUCUAUGUUUCCUGAACCUUAGAGGAUGCACAAACUUUGAGAGUCUUCCAGAGGGAGAUGGUUUGAAGUCUUUGAAGACUCUAAUCCUCAGUGGCUGCUCAAAACUUCACGAAUUUCGAACUGUUUCAGAAAAUUUAGAAUAUCUAUAUUUGGAUGGCACUUCAAUAGAAAGAGUUCCUGAAUCCAUUGGGAGUCUACACAAACUUUUAUUACUGAAUCUAAGGAACUGUAAGAGGUUGAAGCACCUGCCGAGCACCCUCCAGGAGCUGAAAUCUCUUGAAGAAUUGAUUAUCUCUGGUUGUAAAAACCUAGAGAGUUUCCCGGCCAUCGAAAACAGUAUGGAACGCUUAGAGAUCUUGCUUAUGGAUAAUACAACUAUUCAAUAUUCACCAAAAAAGUUGAGUUUAAGGAAUCUCAAGGUGUUCUCAUUUUGUGGAUCAAAUGUCCAAGAUCCCGAGCACUUGAUUUCUCAGCUAUUCUCAAGUGGUGCUUGCUUAUCGGACCUCUACCUCACAGAUUGCAAUCUUCACAAAUUGCCAGGCAUCUUAAGCUUCUCGUGGUCGUUGCAGAAUUUAUGUUUAUGCCAAAACAAGUUUGGGACUUUACCAGAAAGCAUCCAGAGACUUUAUCACCUGAAGUCCCUUGACCUGAAGUAUUGUCAAAUGCUCAAAUCUCUUCCCGUGCUUCCAUCCAAUCUCCAAUACUUAGAUGCUCAUGGUUGUACUUCACUGGAAACAGUAACAACACCAAUGACACUUCUCCCGGUAUCUGAGAGAAAGCAUCCUGUAUUCAUAUUCACAGAUUGCUUCAAGCUGACCCAAGAUGCCCAAGAAAAUAUUCUGGCUCAUGCGCAGUUCAAGAGUCAACUCUUGGCAACUUCAUCACUUCAACAUAAUCAUGAGGGAGUUGUUCUCGAACCUUUGGUAGAAGUCUGUUUUCCAGGGUGGGACAUGCCCUUGUGGUUCCCCUAUCGGACAAGGGGAUCUUCCAUGGAAAUCGACCUUCCUCCGCACUGGUGCAACAAUCAAUUUUUAGGAAUUUCCCUGUGUACCGUUAUCUCGUUCAAGGACUAUAAAGAUCAGAGAAGCGGUUUUCGGGUAAGAUGCAGAUGCAACAUUAAAGGUAGAGAUGACAAUUGUGUCAACUUCAGUUUCUAUCUCAGGGGAUGGAAUGAACAAUGUUGUCGAUCAUCUGGUCAUGGAACACGAAAACUUGGUUCUGACCAUGUGUUUAUUAGCUAUAACAAUGAUAUCCCUGUCCAGAAAUUUCGCGAAGAAGACAACAACAGCAGUGCAUGUGGUCAUACCAAAGCCACCUUGGAAUUCUCUGUGACAGAUGACUCGGAAAGGAAGCUAGAAUGCUGCGAUGUGGUAAAGUGUGGGAUGAGCUUGUUGUACAUUUCGGAUGAGAUUGACUGCAGGUUCCAAAAAAUAAAAGAGAAGCAUCUUGAACAAACCCUCGAAAGUGAGAUAAAGGAGAAGAACUUUGAUCGUGUAACCUCGAAAGGCGAAUCAAGAUUAACUGAGCAUGCCACGGAUGAGACUGGUGUACCCAAUGGAGAUGGUCUCGAAGAACAAAGGACGGAAUCUUCUCAUGUUAAAUCUCGGUCAAGGAUGAAUCCAGAUAAAGGACUCCCGAGAGGAACAUCUUUCGUUACUACUCAAUCUCAUUGCGUAACGCGUGCUUGCGUUGUGGCUCCAACAGAGUCGCCUGAGUUUUAGCCUGAAACAUUCAUGAGCCAACUCAAAAUUUGUAACCUCUGGAGGAGAUGUGAUUCCUGUACAACCAGAGAGAUUAAGAGAACUCGGAGAUUGCGUAGAUUUACCAUUAC